AUGAGCAGUCCUCCAUACUCACUGCAGUCCGUUGCGCUGCUAGACCCCUUGAUCAAGGGCAACGCCCGACGUCUCGCCCAACGACUCAAAAGCGGCACAUCAUCUCCCGUCGAUGCCUACACAUUCUGCGGUCUUUUCAGCCUCGAGGUAAUUUGCCAAGCUGGCUUCGCGAAAGACUUCUCCAACGACACCAACGGCGCAGCAGCUCUCAAGCUCCUCCAAGCAAUGGACGGAAGCGCACUCACCCUGCUCUUCGACGGCGCUCUUCCUUUUGUAGCCAGGUUUGACAUCGGGACCAAAUUACCAGGUGCCAUUGGUGACUCAUAUCUUAAGCGAGAGUAUUGGCGCAAGAAGUCUUAUGAGAUGGUCGAUCAUUUUCUCGAGAAGAGUGCUGAUGAUGAGAAGUACUUGCUUACGCCGUUGGCUACUGGUGUUGAUGGAUACUUGGGACGCAAACUUACUCAUGAGGAGCUUGUUGAGGAAGCGAUGGGGUAUAUGUUUGCUGGAUCGGGUACUACAUCAUCGACAUUGACAUAUCUACUGUACGAGCUCUCAAAGUCGGAGAACGCCGCUAUUCAGGAGCGAUUGCGAGCUGAAGUGCUGGCCAUACGCGAUCAUGAUAUCGUGGCUAUCAGAAACAACGCGUACAUCAACGCAGUAAUCAAGGAAACGUUCCGCGCUCAUCCAACAAUCAUCUCGACCAUUCCCCGCCUACUAACCGAGCCCUUAACACUCGGCCAAUACACUCUCCCAUCUGGCACCGUUAUUGGAAUGCAGAACUGGCUUCACCACCAUGAUACCUCAGUCUUCCCGGAUCCAGAGAAAUUCAUACCCGAACGAUGGCUUAACGAGACUCCCGAGAUGAAAUCCGCUCUUACUCCGUUCAGUCUUGGUAAGAGAAAUUGUAUCGGGCAGAAUCUAGCGUGGCAGGAGCUUUAUUGGGCUGUAAGCGAGGUCAUGCGCUCCGGUUCAAGGUUUAGAGUUGCGGAGGAAAUGAAGGAUUGGGAGAUGGAGAUGGAGGAUCGGUUCAAUAUAGCUCCGCGCGGGAGAAGGCUCAUGCUCAAUGUUUCGCAGGUCAAUUAG